UUGCGAGAUGUGAGUUGUGUCGACUGGUGGGGGCAAGGGAAACAAGUGUGUCUUCUCGGCUGUCACAUGAAGCAACAACGUGGUGGUGAAAGGAUGCGGAUGGACCAAGCCCCAAGGUGCGGAAUUAUCAAUUACAUCUGAUUAUUCACCGGGUAUGAGAUUUUGGGUGAUAAAAAAAAAGCACGACAAUGAUGAGUAUUGAUGAGUGAGUGAGUCUGUGUGUGAGUGUGUGAACAGGGACGCUGUGUUGGUCAGUGGUAAAAUGGCGGCGGCAUUGACUGUCGAACAAGAGCAAGCGACCAAGGAGUUCAUAGAGGCAGUAAACAAAUGUCGAGCUGGUAGACGAGCAAGUCCAGUGUCUUGGAGUACAGCAGUCAAGUUUCUAGCUGCUAGGAAAUUCGAGGUAUCAAGGGCUUUAGCUUUGUACGAGCAACACGAAGCAACUAGACGUCGCGAGGGAUUGGCGACACUUCAACCCACCCAGGAGCCACUCCUCAGUGAAUUGAAGACAGGAAAAUUCACAGUUUUGUCCUCGAGAGACGGUACAGGUGCGGCAAUCGCUAUUUUUACCGCCCACUUGCAUCUGCCACAGUAUACAACGCAUCAAACGACUCUGCAGGGUGUCGUCUAUCAGCUGGAUGCUGCACUGGAGAGCGCAGAAACCCAGCGCCAUGGACUAGUCUUUAUCUAUGACAUGUCUGACAGCAAAUAUCAGAAUUUUGAUUACGAUCUGUCGCAGAAAAUUCUCACCCUUCUGAAGGGUGGUUAUCCAGCAAAGCUGAAGAAAGUUCUGAUUGUCACUGCUCCACUGUGGUUCAAGGCACCAUUCAAGAUACUGAGACUCUUUGUCAGGGAGAAAUUGAGAGAUCGUGUUUUUACAGUGUCAAUACCACAACUGACACUACAUAUACCUCGCGAAUCGUUGCCCAGACGAUUAGGUGGGACAUUGGAGAUACAGCAUGAGGCCUGGCUGUUACAUUGUCUCAAGUCCAUGACGAAUCGCAGUGGUGGUGAAUUGUGCGAGGUUACCCCUCGUGUGGGUAGUCCUCUCUCCCCAACGUCAAAAUCACCGAAUCACCAGAACGCCAAUGGUUCUCCAAGCCCAACGAGUCCUGUCUCAGAGAAGUUAAAAAUAAAAAAUGGUGGUGUCACAAUCGGUGACAUCGAGAUAACAAACGGUGAUUGGAUAGCGAGCGAUGAGGCGCCCUCGCCAGUUCAGCCGCCUUCAUCAGCGAGUUCAGGAUUUUCGGACGAUGACAGCCUCCACGGUGAGCCUGGGCUGCAGGCUGUCACGAUGGAGCAGCUCAUCGAGACAAGUCAUUCGCGUGGACGAGCGGGUCUCGUAGCCGAGUACGCGGAAAUCCGUCAGCGGCCACCAGACGGUUCAUUUAACAACGCCAAGCUCAGGCCCAACCAGCCAAAGAACCGGUACACAGAUGUCCUCUGUUACGAUCACUCGAGGGUCUGUUUGUCCCAGGUGGACGGUGAUCCAGCGUCAGACUACAUAAACGCUAAUUUUGUCGAUGGCUACAAGCAGAAGAAUGCCUUUAUCAGUACCCAGGGUCCUCUGCCCAAGACGUGUGGUGAUUUUUGGCGUAUGAUCUGGGAGCAGCAGACACUUGUUGUGGUGAUGACAACGAGAGUUGUGGAACGUGGUCGAACGAAGUGCGCCCAGUACUGGGGUCCUGAGCCUGGUGAUGAAGUAUCAAUCGGUGGUUUCACUGUUACAACUCUCGAAGUAGACACCAAUCCCGAUUACACGAUAUCCAUGCUACUGCUCACCAACACCAAGACUGAAGAGUCGAGGGAAGUCUGCCACAUGCUUUACACAGCGUGGCCCGAUUAUGGUGUACCUCAGUCAGCCAGGGCUCUACUGCAGUUCUUAUCACUUGUCAGACAACAGCAGAAUAAAUUGCUCGCCAGCAGGGGUGACACCUGGGCUGGACAUCCCAGGGGUCCACCCAUUGUUGUUCACUGCAGUGCUGGUAUUGGGAGAACUGGAACAUUUUGCACACUUGAUAUCUGUAUAUCUCGUCUUGAGGAUACUGGGACUGUUGAUAUCAGGGGCACAGUUGAAAAAAUACGCGCACAACGUGCCUACAGUAUUCAAAUGCCGGAUCAGUAUGUUUUUUGUCAUCGGGCACUUGCUGAGUACGCAGUGUCCAGGGGAAUGCUCAGCCAACAGCAUCUUGCCAUGCUACCACCGACAAUCGAAGAGGAUUCUGAUUAGGAUUUUUUUCUUCUUUUUGUAAAUUUCGGGUAGGUCCAUUGCCAGUUUUUCAUCGUGGAUUUCAUUGGUUUUUUGACUCUAGGGGGAUAAGGGGGAAAAUUCAAGGAGUUCAUUCUUAAGGAGAAUGCCGAUAACGUUAUCGGCAUUACUUUCUAUGAACCGUAUUGCUUUCCAGCAAAUUCGUUUGGAUUUUUUAUAGCUAUAUUUUUAUUCUUCUAUACCAUUGAUGUUGAUAACAUAUUUUUUAUAGAAAUUCUUCGCUUUGAAUUUUCCAAGUUUCCUCACUCAAAAUUUUCAAUAAAUUAGACAAAAAUUGAGUGUGAAAACUUUAAAUAUUCGGGCCGAAUAACUUAUAUAAAAAUCAUCUUAAUAAAAUAAAUUGUAUAGAAAAAUAAAAUUGAUCAAUUUGAUCAGAGAAUAUUAAAGUGAAAUUUUUGAAAAUCUAUUUAAUUGCACAUUAUCUGCAUCUCCUGAAAGCCCCCACCAUCCGAUACUAUUCAAUUUUUUCAUUAUUAGCAAUUUUGUAACAGAAAAAAAACCGUAGCAUCUUGUACUUUUUGCAAUCAAUGAGUUGUCGUCUAACUCCGUAAAUAAACAGUGUUUUAUACAUAAAAAUGGUUAACGAUACUGCGAGAAAAAAAUUUUCCGUACUAUCUUCAGAUUGUCUAGUCUAGAAAUCAGAAUUUCAUUUAACCUCGUGAGAAAAAUACUGAAUGAUCAUGUUAUAUCACAAACGUGACCUCUCAAAAUUCGAGAGGAAUAACCUGUGGAAAGGAAACCCUGGAAUGAAGUUGAAUGAUAAAAUUAAUUGAAUCCUGUUAUCUUGAAAAUUGAAGUGAAAUUAUCCUGCCAUUAAGAAAGAUUCGCCAAUCCCUGAAUCACAAAAUCAGACUGAGAAAUUUUAUUAAUCAGGCGUGAAUCUUCCUUCUGUAAGCGUUACAGUGUUCCCAUUAUCAAAUAUUGAAGACGCUUCCAAUCGGUUAAAGAAAUCUCAUGUUCCUUCACAGCAAUAAUUGAAUUCAAUAAAAUCCAUGAAACUUUCAAAAGCCCAACGUUUUUUACCGAAACGUUAUUUUCUUAAUAUUGAAAGCUUCUCAAGCCCAUAAUAGAAUUCUUGAGAUUGGUGUAAGAUAAUAGAAACAAACUCUACUUAGUUUUUGCAUCUCUGUAUAAAAAAUUAUGAAAAUCCAAAAAAAAAAAUUGAGAGUGAGUGUGAAAAUGUCGAAUUCUUUAUUGAGCUUUGAGGAAAGAACACGUACCAAGGAAUUUCAUUGAAAAAAGUCCUAUAAAAAGAUAAUCUUUUAUCCCAACAAGCAAUUUACUCUGUUUAAAAUAAUUCUGUAGAAAUCUCUCAGUACGAAUUUUCGCAAUUUUUUUUCCAUUGAACAACUUGAAUAAAAAAUUCAUGAUGAAUUUCUAUAGAAAAUUGCUAAUAGAACGUAGAAUCUAUCACUUUUUUCUCUACAAUAGUUCGUAACAAAUAUUUGUAUUGAAAGAAGUCGAGAGAAGAUGAUGGAAUGUGGAUUCUUUUCAAUGAAAUUUUUUUCGAUAUGAAAGGGGAAAAGUUUUAGUUGAUAUUUAAAGAAGACUAGCUAUUUCUGACAUCUGUGAUUCUCAUACAUCAGCUAACCUGAAGCAAUGAAUCUAAACACUAACGUAAGGAGAGAAUACUAAAGAAGAGAAGAGUGAAUAUUUUUCAAAAAUGGAAUUUUGAAUAUAUUUUGCAUGGUUGGCUCCGUUUGCGUUCUUCCGGCAUGCGCAAGAAUGG